CUCCCCUGGCAAGAGUCCGCGCCUCACAGUUUGGAAACCGCUGUUAUAAUGGAUCAUUUUAUAGAAUGUGGGCGUUUAAGUCCACUGUCUUCAGCAAUUGUUCAAUUAUAUGUUUUGACAGCUUAUGUUGUCAUGAUAAUGGUAGUUAAGAAAAUAUGAGAUGACGACAUGUUUGGGGUAGGUCGGGCUGUGCGACGCUGCGGCGAGGCGGUACGAGAAGGGAUGUGAAUGAAGGGCGAAGGGUGAUGGGAAAGGAGAGCGAGAGAGAGUAUCGUUGUAAAUUUCUGUACCCGCACUCCGGCACACGAUCGGCUGUAGUUCGCAUGCAUUUCAGGAAUUAUCGAUCGGAAUCGCGCAUACACACAUCUGCACACAAAAAACGCGAAUCUCGUCGUUUGCCGCCGUCCUCUUCCUUCACCGUUUAUCGCGGAGCGAAGAAAUAACAUCCGUAGCCUCAGAUGGACGAAGAAACGUGUCGAAAUGGAUACGCGCAUCCCGGCAGCACGUUGUGAUUCGUUCCGUGUGUUCGUCGUCCUUCCCGUGUCUCGUCCUGCUGUGCUGCUGCAACAACAACAGCAGCAGCAAGCCCUUUCGAGCGACGGUGGCGACGGCUGUGUUCCACCUGAAGCACCAAAAGAGAAACGGAAGAUUCUAACAGCUGCAGCAACAUCAUCAACAUCAUCAUCGACGAAUUACGUGAGAAAUGGACGGAUAGUGAGGCACGCUUACACAGCCGAGGAGAAGACAGACGCUGUAGCGAGGGUUCUAGCAGGAGCGACGAUACCGUCGGUGGCGAAGGACACGCGCAUCCCUGCGAGCACUAUACGAGGAUGGAUGAAGAACUCGUGCAAGUUUGUGCAGCUGGGAGACACGUGGACGUGCAUGGGCGAUCCGGUGGACAUCUGCAUGCACAAGUGGUUCCUGCAGAGGUGCGGACUCGGUUUGUCCAUCAGCAAUAUGGAUCUGCGGGAGCAGGCGCAACGCUUCAGAUACGCUCUCAACGAUAAAGGACCUGACAUCAAUUGCGGAUGGGUGACCAGAUGGAAGAUGAAGAAUUCGGUUCGCGAUUGCGGAGACGCCCUCGUCAUCGAGAUGGGCGAUGAUCAGUGCUGCGAGUUUGUUUGGGCCUUAGACCAAUACACCGAUGAGCAGAUCUACAACUGCAACGAGACGAUCCUCUACUACAAACUCUUGCCAAGCAACGAUCAAGAUCUACAGACUAUAGUAAAGACACAAUCGAUGAACGAAUCCAAGGUAACAUUGCUCUUCUGCGUCAACAAAUCGGGCAACCAUAAGCUGAAGCCACUCUGCAUCGGAAAUACUUCGACAUCCCAGAACGAUGAACACAUGAUUUAUAAAAGAAACGUCAAUAGUUGGAUCGACCGGGACAUAUUCUCCUCUUGGUUCAAACAGUUCUUCGUACCAGCAGUCAGGGACCACCUCACCUCCAACAAUCUUCAACCCAAAGCCCUUCUCAUCCUCGACAACUGUUCGGCUCAUCAAACCGUCCUCGCAUCCGAAGACGGUCUCAUCCAAACGAAAUUCUUCAUCAAAUCCCUUCCAUCCACCUACCAACCAAUCGAACAAGGUUUAAUGCAAACAGUGAAAAAGAACUACCGAACGGAACUGCUCCAAUCUCUAAUCGAUUCCGAUCUACCCUCAACCAACUUCUUGGACCAUUUCAACUACCGGAAUUUCGCUUCGCUCUUAAUCCACGUUUGGGAGAAGAUCUCUCGAGAUCAAAUCGUCGCAUGCUGGGAUAACUGCUUCCUCUUCAAUUUCAAAGGACAAUUCGCGGAGCAACCAAAGCUCACCGCACCUCUGAACAUCAACAUCGACCAUCUACGAACCAAGCUCAAACAACCAGAGCUCACGCAAGAAAUUCUUGAGACUUGGAGCGUCAUCGAGAAGGACGCGUUGAAAUGCCAAUCGUUGACGGAUCAGGAAAUCAUCGAGAGCAUCGUCGAGGAGCAAAAUGAACCGCCGGAGAAGAGGAUGAAGACGACCGUGGCCGAGAACAGACCUAUAAUCUGUCCGAACGUUCGACCCGUCGAUUGGCGCAAACGUCCAGACAGCGCAAUCCAAUCCUACUACGAGCGUAUAGUCGAUGACCUCGAAUUGGACUUGAACCAUAACGAUGAUGAUGAUGAAGAAGAAGUCGAUGACUUUCUAAAAGAAAAUAAUUAAAAUCGCACCAUCCUAAUUUUGUCAACAUUUCAUCAAAAAAAAAAUAUUUACUACUUAUUAGUAAACAUGUCAUUUCAAAGUCUAAGAUAAUUUUAAUUAUUCGACGUUUUACAAUUAUCAUAUCAAACCUUAAAUCAAGACAAUUAAUGUAAUGUAAAAAAAAAUGUAAAGAAAAAAUAGUUAAUGCAAUGUAUAUAAUCGUAUGUUAAAAGUUAUCUAUUAUCUAAUAAACUAAUUUUUCUAUUUA